UUUUGUGGUUAUAGCAGUACUGAAUACUCCCGUCUGAUGAAAGCUAGUGUAAAUUUUUAGAAGUAAAUAAAUUGCAAUUAUUGGUGAUUUUUUCGUAGAAAAGUGCCGGAAAUGUGCUACUGCUAGCGACAUAACUAGAUUUCGUAAACCUACGAAUCGUUAUUGGGCACUGGCUGCUAUAUUCGACGAAGUAUUCCUGAUUAACUCAUAACUUGGAUUCACAACUUUGAGGAUACAACCGUAAGCAAUCAAAUAUGGAGCCAGCGGGUGAAGUAGUGGGCCUAGCGAAUGAACUAGCAAGAGCAGUCAAGAUUACGAUGGACCCGUCGGCGGCGCAGCAGGCUCGAAUGGAUGCUUACGUUGCUUGUGAGAGGUUCAAAGAAGUAUCACCUCUCUGUGCCCAGGCGGGACUCUUCCUGGUUACUGGAAAUUAUUCAUCGAUAGCAAAACACUUCGGACUUCAACUGAUGGAACAUACGGUUAAGUUCAACUGGAAUAACAUUUCUCAACAGGAGAAAAUAUUCAUCAAAGAAAACGCCAUGAAGCUAUUGUGUGCCGGCGUUGGAGAUGCCCAAGACCAAAGUGUUUCACACAUCAAAGACGGCCUAUCCCGGAUUAUCGUGGAAAUGGUAAAACGAGAAUGGCCUCAACAGUGGACGACGCUCUUAUCGGAACUUAGUGAUGCUUGUUCGAAAGGUGUUGCUCAGACAGAAUUGGUGCUUUUGGUGUUUCUACGGUUGGUAGAAGAUGUCGCACUACUGCAGACAAUCGAGAGUAAUCAACGACGCAAGGAUAUAUAUCAGGCUCUAACUGUUAACAUGUCUGAGAUCUUUGAUUUUUUCCUCAGACUGAUCGAACAGCAUGUGGGAGAAUUUCGCAAUGCGACAUCGAUUGGAGACAAGCAUAAGGCUUCCGGGCAUAGUCGAGUAGUUCAGGUUGUGCUAUUGACGCUGACUGGUUUUGUAGAAUGGGUUUCAAUCAACCACAUUAUGGCUGCCAAUGGAAGGCUGUUGCAGAUUCUCUGCAUUUUACUCGUAGAUAUAGAAUUCCAACAACCAGCGGCCGACUGUUUGUCGCAAAUAACAAAUCGUAAAGGACAACUCAAAGACCGUAAGCCUUUGCUGAUACUUUUCGACGAAGUUCCAGUUGGGCACUAUUAUCGGGCAGCAGUACAGACUGAGCGCAUGGGAAGUGAAUCCUACUAUUUGUUUCUGAAGAAAUUGAUUCAGGUGCUCGCCGGCCUCGCGACACAGCUGGCUGGUUUGUGGGGCAAAGAGUCAAACUGUCAAAUACCGCGACAAAGCUUUGCAACAUUCCUGGAAACAGUACUGACGAUUACACGACAUUCGAGUUAUACAUUGGCUCAAUCGGCUUCACUCAUCUGGUUGAGUCUACUGAAGCAUGAGCAAAUAUCCCGUGAUCCACUGUUGUUGGAGUACAUUCCUAAAGUAAUUGAAUUGCUUGGUCCGAAGGUUAUAAAAGUGAGCUAUCCAACAUCCCGACCAACGGAGAUUACUAUGCAUCCCGAAACAUUCAUAAGUCUCGAUUACGACGGGGAAGAGGAGUGGUUGGCCUAUUUCGCACGCUGUCGGACUGGAUUUCUGGAAAUAUUUCGCCAAGCCACUUUGGUUGCUCCAUUGGUGACAUUUUCAUACUGCGAACAGUGGCUUAACGCCAGACUACAGAAAGCACAUUCCGAGCGAGACACAACCUGUAGCGUAACCGACCCGGUUUAUCUCGAAUGGGACGCACUGGCCAUGGUAGUGGACGGAGUUCUAUCGCGAAUUCUUAUGGUUACAGAGCGUCCAUCAGUUGCAGCCGGUCUGCGUUUACUGGAGGAAUGUUUAAAAGUGGAAAGCAGCGAUCCACUGAUUUUAUCCGUGCUUUUGUCUUGCAUUUCAUCCCUUUUCGUGUUUCUCAGCAUGUCCUCUUGCCAAAUUACAUCGGCAAAUUGUGUGGCAAUGUCAGGCGUUCAACUGCUACCCCGAGUUCUGGAGAAAAUUUUCGCUGCAUUAGUGUUUCAAUCGUCUGGCGAAACGCGUUUCACCAGAACAACUGCCGUGAAGAAUCUACGACGGCAUGCGGCCUCACUGAUGGUCAAGAUAGCUCACAAGUAUCCGCUCCUGCUACUGCCAAUUUUCGACCAAAUAAAUACCAGUGUGCAUAACCUGAUCCGCCAACAGGAUCAGCUCAGUCAUCUGGAACAAAUAACGCUCUUGGAGGCGCUACUUCUGAUUUCCAACCACUUUUGUGACUACGAACGUCAAAGCAACUUUGUGGCGGAAGUGACCCGAGAUGUAGUUGGCUUGUGGAUGCAUUUGGGUCAGGUAGUCAAGGACGCGCAUAGCUUCAUCAACUUCACUGGGCUCAACAAACCUCCCGUGCAGCCCUGCCCCAACUUGCAGGACCAAUGUAACGUGAACCGGGGUCAAAUUGUGUAUGCUCUAAACCUGGUUCUCGGUGUCAUCAAGCGAUGCUCUUGGCCAGAUGAUCCUGAUCGGUGCUCUCGAGGAGGUUUUGUGGUGGCUCUCACAGAAUCUGGGAAUCCGAUUUGUCGUAAUCCCGCAACUCCCCAUGUGGUUCCCCUGUUGCCACACAUUCUAUCCAUAGUGCGAAUUUUAAAUGAACUUUGGAAACCGGAUGCCCUGGCGGCAAUGAACGAAUACUUCAAAAGUGCUAAUGGUAUGCAGGAACAUGAGAAGAAACAGUUGCUAGGUAUUUCGCCGCUUUUCCAAGACCCGUUCGAUCCAACCAUCAAAAAGAUACCGACAGCUUUCGAUCGCAUGCAAACAUUUUUAUCGUUGAUCUUCGAGCACUGCUAUCACAUGUUAGGAUCUUCUGGCCCUUCGCUCGGACGGGAUUUGUAUGCUCUGCCAGGAAUUGCCGAUGCGCUAAUUGGUAGCGUAUUCGCCUGUCUGGAAAAUGUACCCGACUUUCGAUUGCGCCCAAUUGUGCGCGUCUUCCUCAAACCCUUUGUAUACUCAUGUGCACCAAUUUUCCACGAAGCUGUUUUGCUGCCGAUAUUUGCCCAUUUUGCACCGUUCAUGCUGACAAGACUGACAAAUCGUUGGCGAUACAUUACCUCUCUGUACGAGUCCGGCGAGCUGGGUGAGGAUGUAAACGAUACCCAGGAAGUGUUGGAGGAUAUGCUUAACAGGACACUGACGCGAGAGUACAUGGAUGUGUUGAAGGUUGCUCUGGUAGGGAGCACCAUUGAUCCGACGGCAAAUACCAGCUCCGACGCGAGCAUGGAUCAGGACGAUCAAAGCAUGGACGGACCACCGCAAGCUCUCACGCGGGCCGCUCAAUCUGCCAUGACUUCGGAAGUGAUCAGUGAUUUAGGCGGAAAGUUGCUGCGCAACCAGUACACCUGUACUCCGAUUGUGAUGACGGUUUUAAGUGUACUAACAUGGAACGAUAGCACUUCGAGCUUGAAGGCUACCCUUCUGAGCGGCCCAAUUAUUCGGUUCCUCACGUCGGAACAGCUUAUAACGGAAACCUUGGCUUCGAAUAUCAUCAUAGCUAUUCUGCAGGGGCUUCAACUUCACGGGCAGCACGAAGCAAACCAGGCAUCCCUUAUCACGCUGGGCGUGCAAGCGUACGAAAUACUGCGGCCAAAAUUCCCCAAUAUCCUUGAAGUGCUGCAGCAGAUCCCAAACAUCAGUGCUUCAGACAUUCACAAGCUGGAUGAGAAAAUUUCCCUCUCCGCCAGCACAAAGGGCAACAAAAUUGACAAGGCCAAGAAGGAUUUGUUCAAGAAGAUUACGUCGCACAUUGUUGGACGCAGCGUCGGUCAGCACGGCAAGAAGGAGGUUCAAAUUGUGAAUCUGUCACCCAUUGUGCCACCCGCUGGAGCCCCCGGCCGGAACUCGUACAAUCUGAUAGAUGGCACACAGGAAACGGGUCUGGCGCAUCUCUUCGCCAGUCGGAGUUAGUCUCCCCUUUUAUCGACCUAUCUGAAUAGGAGCUGUUGCUUAGAUUUUAGGACUGUUAGCAAUUUUUCCACUACCCCACAUUUUAAUCAGUUUGAAUUGAAUUGUAAAAAUUUUACCUGUUAGCAAUUAAUGAGUUGCUUUUAAGUUAUACUUCUCAUAGUUCUUAUGUGAGAUUUUUAUUUAUUUUGCUGCAGAUGUUCAUACUGUUCGAUCGAUAACAAGGAAUUCAAAUUUGGAAUACAUAGCGGUAGCGACAUCGAAAUCGAGUUUGUUAAUUUUUGCAACUAAAACACGAAUCAAAUCAUGAAUAACAAAAGAGAGGUGCGACUAGCUUGUACUGUAGGACAUGUUGAAAUGUUUUUUUUGGGUAUGAGAGCGAAUGCAAACAUUAAUGUGUACAGACCGAAGAAUACGUGGCCCGCGAGAAUGGCAAAGCCCUGUGAAAAAUUAUCAAAUGUAUGGAGAAAUAGAGGAACAGCGACAUUGUAGGCAUCACUAAGAAAACGAUAACUCUAGUAAUAUAUCCUCUCCUUAAAUAGUGUUCUAGUGCCCGGGACGAAACAAUUGUAGAAACAAUAAUUUAAUAAUAAUCAUUAUUAUUAUCAGUUGAAUUCACUGCUAGCAACAAAUUUCUGUAGGUUGCAUCACAUUUCAUUUGUUCUGUUCCAUUGAAUGGAAUGAUCAAUCCAAUAUACAUUUUAAAAUUA